AGGGUAGGGAAGAAAUUAGAAAGGAAACAAAUAGAGAAAGAGAGAGAAGUGACAAGACUCACGACUCACGAGAGUAGAGUGAGAGAGAGCGAGAGUGACUGCAAAGCGCUCCAACCUUGUUUCUUCUCUUCUCACUUCUCAGAUCUUCCAUGGAACAGUACGAGAAGGUGGAGAAGAUAGGCGAGGGAACAUACGGCGUCGUUUACAAGGCUCGCGACCGCGUCACCAAUGAGACCAUCGCGCUCAAGAAGAUUCGCCUCGAGCAGGAGGACGAAGGCGUUCCCAGCACCGCCAUUCGCGAGAUUUCUCUCUUGAAAGAGAUGCAGCAUAGGAACAUUGUUAGGUUGCAGGAUGUAGUGCACAGUGAGAAGCGGUUGUACCUGGUUUUUGAGUAUCUGGACUUGGAUCUUAAGAAGCACAUGGAUUCAUCUCCAGAGUUUGUGAAAGAUCCGCGGCAAGUAAAAAUGUUCCUUUAUCAAAUUCUCUGUGGCAUUGCUUACUGCCAUUCACAUAGAGUUCUUCAUCGAGACUUGAAACCUCAGAAUUUGUUGAUAGACCGCCGUACUAAUUCACUAAAGCUUGCAGAUUUUGGAUUGGCUAGGGCAUUUCGCAUUCCUGUCAGGACAUUUACCCAUGAGGUGGUUACAUUAUGGUAUAGAGCUCCAGAAAUAUUGCUUGGAUCUCGUCAUUAUUCUACCCCAGUUGAUGUUUGGUCAGUGGGAUGUAUAUUUGCAGAGAUGGUAAACCGACGACCUCUAUUCCCUGGGGACUCUGAGAUUGAUGAAUUAUUUAAAAUAUUCAGAAUCUUGGGUACACCAAAUGAAGACACGUGGCCUGGAGUAACUUCAUUGCCUGAUUUUAAAUCAACAUUUCCCAAAUGGCCCCCUAAGGACCUAGCAGCUGUGGUUCCAAAUCUUGAUCCAGCUGGUCUUAAUCUUCUUUCUAGUAUGCUUUGCUUGGAUCCCAGCAAAAGAAUUACCGCCAGGAGCGCUGUGGAGCAUGAAUACUUCAAAGACAUUAAAUUUGUACCCUGAUUCCAUAUCUUCAUGGAAACCAUGUUUAUAGUAAUAUUGUGCAGAAUUUCUGGGUUUUUGACUCUGCGAGAAAUGCGUGCUAUCUUUGCUAUUUUCUUCAGUGACUUGGGAGUUGGGACAAAGUCAUACUUCCAUUUUUUGUCCUUACAGAAUAUUUCAGAUUCAACUUGAGUGUGAUUAUAUUGCAUUUUACUUUUUUGCUUGUCCAACUCUCAAGUUCAAUACACCAGGUAAAUUUUCAGUUU